AUGUCAUCUCGACCAGACCUGAAGGUCGACGACGAAGUCGGUUUCAUCCGCUUCUACCGCUCCCUCCCCAACGCAGACAACAAUGAGACAAUCCGCGUCUUCGACCGAGGCGACUGGUACUCAUCACACGGUGCCGAUGCCGAGUUCAUCGCCCGUACCGUCUACAAAACCACCUCCGUCCUCCGAAACCUAGGUCGCAGCGAGACCAGCGGCCUACCCUCCGUCACCAUGAGCGUGACCGUAUUCCGCAAUUUCCUCCGCGAAGCCCUCUUCCGCCUCAACAAGCGCGUCGAGAUCUGGGUGUCCGGCGGCACGGGCAAGGGAAAUUGGAAACUGGGCAAGCAAGCUAGUCCCGGCAACCUGCAAGAUGUGGAAGAUGAACUCGGCAGUGUGGGUGCUAUGUCAAUGGAUUCAGCACCUAUCAUCUUGGCUGUGAAGAUUUCUGCGCGUGCUGCAGAGGCGCGGAAUGUCGGUGUGUGUUUUGCGGAUGCGAGCGUGCGCGAGCUCGGCGUGAGCGAGUUCCUCGAUAAUGAUAUUUACUCCAACUUUGAGUCUCUGGUUAUUCAACUCGGUGUCAAGGAGUGUCUGGUUGUUAUGGAUUCUGCCGGGAAGGAUGUCGAACUUGCCAAGAUUCGUGCUAUCGCUGAUAGCUGUGGUAUUGCGAUCUCCGAGCGGCCGGCGGCAGACUAUGGCGUGCGCGAUAUCGAACAGGAUCUCACACGGUUGUUACGUGAUGAGCGGUCCGCGGGUACACUGCCCCAGACGGAGCUGAAGCUUGCUAUGGGGUCUGCGUCUGCGUUGAUCAAGUACCUUGGUGUUAUGACCGACCCGACCAAUUUCGGCCAGUACCAGCUUUAUCAGCAUGAUUUGUCGCAGUAUAUGAAGCUUGAUGCGUCUGCGCUGCGUGCUUUGAACCUUAUGCCUGGCCCGCGGGACGGAUCGAAGAGUAUGAGUCUGUUCGGUCUAUUGAACCAUUGCAAGACGCCCGUAGGAAGUCGCCUACUGUCGCAGUGGUUGAAGCAGCCUUUGAUGGAUCUUGCCGCUAUUGAGCAGCGGCAGCAACUGGUGGAGGCAUUUGUGGUCAACACGGAACUGCGUCAGACGAUGCAGGAGGAGCAUCUCCGUGCUAUUCCUGAUCUCUACCGUCUUGCCAAGCGGUUCCAGCGGAAGCAGGCUAAUUUGGAGGAUGUUGUCCGAGUUUAUCAGGUGGCUAUCCGGCUACCUGGGUUUGUUCGGGCUCUGGAAGAUGUUAUGGAUGAGCAAUAUCAAGUGCCGCUAGACAAGGAGUAUACGACUAAACUCCGCGGUCACUCGGAUAGCUUGGCCAGGUUGGAGGAGAUGGUGGAGACUACGGUUGACCUUGCUGCACUCGAGAACCAUGAAUUCAUCAUCAAGCCGGAGUUUGACGAGGGGCUUCGCGUUAUCCGCAAGAAGUUGGAUAAGGUCCGAUAUGAUAUGGAUAUGGAGCACCGACGAGUUGCCAAGGAUCUGAACCAGGAUAUGGAGAAGAAGCUAUUCAUGGAAAACCACCGUGUACAUGGCUGGUGCUUCCGUUUGACCCGCACUGAAGCGGGCUGCAUUCGCAAUAAGAAGGGGUACCAAGAGUGCUCGACGCAGAAGAACGGCGUUUACUUCACCACCUCCACCAUGCAAUCUCUCCGUCGGGAGCACGACCAGCUCUCUUCCAAUUACAACCGAACUCAGACCGGCCUCGUCAACGAAGUUGUCAACGUUGCUGCUUCCUAUUGCCCUGUCUUGGAACAGCUUGCCGGCGUUCUGGCACAUCUUGAUGUGAUCGUGAGCUUCGCACAUGCAGCAGUCCAUGCGCCUGCCGGAUAUGUUCGACCCAAGAUGCACCCCCGAGGCACAGGUAACACCGUACUCAAGGAAGCUCGUCACCCCUGCAUGGAAAUGCAAGACGAUAUUUCCUUCAUCACCAACGACGUCUCUUUGAUCCGCGAUGAGUCCUCGUUCCUCAUCAUUACCGGCCCCAACAUGGGUGGUAAAUCUACCUACAUCCGCCAAAUCGGUGUCAUCGCGCUCAUGGCCCAGACUGGCUGCUUCGUGCCCUGCACCGAAGCAGAAUUGACAAUCUUUGACUGUAUCCUUGCCCGAGUCGGUGCUAGUGACUCCCAACUCAAGGGCGUGUCCACCUUUAUGGCGGAGAUGCUCGAGACCGCCAACAUUCUCAAGUCUGCCACCUCGGAGUCCCUGAUUAUCAUCGACGAGCUCGGUCGUGGAACUAGUACCUACGAUGGGUUUGGCCUGGCAUGGGCUAUCUCGGAGCAUAUCGUCACUGAGAUCCGUUGCUUUGGUCUCUUCGCGACCCAUUUCCACGAGCUGACCGCGUUAGCGGACCGUUACCAGAAGGCUGUGAAGAACCUCCAUGUCGUGGCAUUCAUCGGCGACGGAACUGAAAACGAGGCUGAUGACGGUGCCGAAAAGAAGAAGCGGCAAGUUACAUUGCUGUACCGCGUGGAACCUGGUAUUUGCGAUCAAUCAUUCGGUAUCCACGUUGCCGAGCUCGUUCGAUUCCCUGAGAAGGUUGUCAACAUGGCCCGUCAGAAGGCCGAGGAGUUGGAGGACUUUUCCUCUGCUGAGACUGCUGAGAACCAGCAGCCUACUCCGUCAUUGGACAAGUACUCCCAAGAAGAGGUGGAAGAAGGCAAUGCCCUUCUCAAGGAGAUGCUGUUGAAGUGGAAGGCCGAGAUUGAAGGUAAAGAACUUUCGUCUGAGCAGAAGCGCCAGAUCAUGCGCGAUCUUGUCAAGGGUGAUGAGAAGUUGCAGGCGAACAAGGUGUUCCAGGGUAUCAAGGCUCUUUAG